AGAGACUCUUUCGGGAUGUUUGAUUGCUACAGCUGCAGCGAGGAGUCCACCAGCAGCUCCAGCUCGGAGGAUAGCGAAGAUGAAGUUGUGCCUUCCAUCCCCGCAAGCUUGCCCAUCAUCAAGAACAAUGGACAGGUCUACACUUACCCUGAUGGCAAGGCUGGGAUGGCCACCUGUGAGAUGUGUGGAAUGGUUGGAGUACGAGAUGCUUUCUACUCUAAAACCAAACGCUUCUGCAGUGUGUCCUGUUCCAGGAGUUAUUCCUCAAAUUCUAAAAAAGCGAGCAUCUUGGCAAGACUCCAGGGAAAACCACCAACGAAAAAGGCAAAAGUCCUUCAAAAACAGCCUCUCAUUGCAAAGUUGGCAGCUUAUGCCCAGUACCAAGCAAGUCAGCAGAACCAGGCCAAAUCAAAAGCCGUGGCCCCUGUUGAAAGCUUUGACUGGGGUCGAUACAUCUGUAGCCAUAACACAGUUGGAGCGCCAGUCAGCUGUUUCAAGCAUGCCCCUAUGGGUACAUGCUGGGGAGACAUCGAAGAGGGAGUGAGGGUUGAAGUCCUCAACUCUGACACCAACCUGUCCACGAAAGUCUACUGGAUAGCAGGAAUCAUCAAACUAGCAGGGUUCAAGGCCCUCCUGCGGUAUGAGGGCUUUGACAACGACUCCAGCAAGGAUUUCUGGUGUAAUCUCUGCAUCCCAGAAGUUCAUCCAGUGGGAUGGUGUGCUUCUAGCGGCAAGCCCCUUGUACCUCCAAAAACCAUACAGCAUAAAUACUCUAACUGGAAAGCCUUUCUUGUGAAGCGUCUCACUGGAGCUAAAACACUGCCCCCUGACUUCACUGCCAAGGUGCACGAGAACUUGCAGUUCCCCUUUAAAAAGCUGAUGCGGGUGGAGGUAGUGGACAAGAAUCACCUGUGCCGGACACGGGUGGCCCUGGUGGAGCAGGUAAUUGGUGGACGACUCAGACUGGUUUACGAGGAGAGCCAGGAUGGUUCCGAUGACUUCUGGUGCCACAUGUACAGCCCCCUCAUUCACAACAUCGGCUGGUCACGCAGCAUCGGUCACCGCUUCAAACGAUCUGAUGUGACCAAGAAGAUUGAUGGUCAAAGUGAUGCCCCAGGACAACUGUUCCAGAAGGUGAAAGAUGUGGACCAGAGCGGAGAGUGGUUUAAGGAUGGGAUGAAGCUGGAGGCCAUCGACCCACUCAACCUCUCAGCUAUAUGUGUAGCCACUGUAAGAAAGGUGUUGGCAGAUGGGUACCUCAUGAUCGGAAUCGAUGGUUCAGAGGCAGUGGAUGGGUCAGACUGGUUCUGCUACCAUUCCACCUCUCCCUCCAUCUUUCCUGUCGGCUUCUGUGAAAUCAACAACAUUGAACUCACGCCCCCUAGAGGGUACACUAAACUGCCAUUUAAAUGGUUUGACUACCUCAGAGAAAUGGGUUCAAUAGCUGCUCCUGUCAAGCUCUUUAACAAGGAAGUUCCAAAUCACGGGUUCCGCCAGGGAAUGAAGCUGGAGGCCGUUGACCUGAUGGAGCCCCGGUUGGUUUGUGUCGCCACUGUGACAAGGAUUGUCCACCGGUUGCUUCGGAUCCACUUUGAUGGCUGGGAGGAUGAGUACGAUCAGUGGGUGGACUGCGAGUCACCUGACCUCUACCCUGUGGGUUGGUGUCAGCUGACAGGGUACCAGCUCCAGCCUCCUGCUGCACAGAGUAACAGAGAAAUGCCACCUACCUUACCAAAACAGAAGAAAAAGGCCCAGCAGUACAAAGGUCAAAAGAAAAAGUUUCUGAUCAGAGUGAAAGAAGAGACAACUGAGGUGGAUGAGUUUACCUUCUCCCAGGGCAUCUCUGACCAGGAGAGCAAUGGCUCGGGCAGCUACUAUAUUAAACAGGAGCCCUGA